AUGUCAAAUUUGAUGCACAAAGUCAAGGACGCCGUCACGGGCCAUCACGAGAAUAAAGCCUCAUACCACGACUCAUCCAAGAUGCCAGGCAAUAUAGAUGAUACUCGUGACACCUACGGAUCGUCAUCUAAAAACGAGGGUUACAAACAGGAUAACUACAACUCAUCCACCAUGAAGUCUGAUACUCGCGAUACCUACGGCUCCAAUAUUUACGGAGAUAAUACCCAUCACAAGACCAAAGUGGACAAUUUCGACAAUACUGGCAAUGCCUAUGGCUCGAGCGCCCUCGGUACAGCUGAUUACCCGGGGUCUACUGGGGACUAUGGCUCUGGUGAAUACCGCACCGAUGCUCGUACCAACAAGACGGGCAUAAUGAGUGAUACCUACGGCACCAAUACAAUGGGCACCACGGGAAAUCAUGGCUUCAGUAGCUAUAGCACUGGUACUCAUGGUGAUUCCAGAAUGGCUGAUACCACGAAAGACCCCAGCAACGUUCACCGUUCUGUAAACAUGGGAAUCACCGGUACCACGGACAAAUGUGGCUCCAGUGCCUACCGCGACUCUGCUGGGAGAUCUACGUCGAACAAAUUAUCUGACGGUUACGAUUCCACCGCUCGUACUGGAAACACCUCUAGCUCUAACACCUAUAAUUCAAGCACUGCUGGAGGCUAUGGCUCCUUGAAUGCUGGUCAUCGCGAUUCCAAGAUGGGUGAUUACGACCACCGCGGUGGCUAUGAAAAAGCUACUAGCGCCAACGGGUCUCCUACUGGCAGCUCUGGCAUAUACACCUCUGACUAUGGCAACGUCAGCAGCACAGCUAGGAACACAGCCGGUAUGACCGGUAUGAAAGAUAAUGCCAAUCUCGGUGGCAGCCACGGCUACAACACCCACGGCAACACCAACCAGGUAGCAUCCCGUGGUGAAUCAGAGUACAACAGCCGUGUUAAUCAGGAAGGGUUUGGCGGUUUCUCCGCCGGCGGAAGCAGCUACGCAUCUCAAGAACCGGUCAACAGGCGAUCGUCCAGGUCACACAGCUCUAAGCUGCUUAAUAAGCUGGAUCCACGAGUGAAGAGCUCUGACUAUGAAGCUUCCCAGCAGCGCGGCUGGUAG